AUUUUGAAUCCAUACUCACCAAACAUGAAAUUAGAAAUUAUAAAGGAUUAGCCUCUAAUUUAGCUCCAAAAAUUGAUUGGAGCUACAAAGCAAUUUAAGGUAGGUUCUUUAUUUUUGAAAGAAAUGAGGGGCCGAUUUGCAUAUAUGGAGAAAAGUAGAUAAUGAUAACAUACGAGUAUACGACAUCGUAAAAGGUACGCUCUAUCCACAAAGGUUCGUUCUUUUAUCCUCUUCCUCUUCCUCUUCCCUCAUUCUACCCUGCGUAACACAAAACAGAAGACCUUGAAUAAAACCCCUAACAAUGGCGAAAACCAAGAAAGAGCUGCUCGCGUCGGCGCCAUGGAGGGUGGAACCACAAGAGAACGGCGAUAAAUUCAAAGACGCGAGUAUGAAGGUGACGUCACAGCCCGGUACAACAUCCAAGAUGCAUGUCCCGGGCAAGAAGAAGUACAAAUCCAAUAACGACGAUGUUGGAGAAGAUCCCCUGACCGAAAUCGACCCCGAGCUUCGCUACAGCUUCCAGCGCAAUGUCCAGUUUCUUGAACGUGUGUUUAGCAUUGAUACGAUUGUCAAACCUCUUCCACCUGCAAUGGCGUACUAUGCCGAGCGCAAUUUGAGAUUCUUCACGAGGAUCUUCACACAGUUCUUUGAUCCAGAUGGCAUAGCCGAUGCACAGAAAUCACUUGGAUUGGGCCAGGAAAAGAAACAACGUAGAGUUGGUUGA